AUGAUAACUCCUAGAUGGAAACGGCUUGUGCGAUUCAUCGCGGAAGAUGAUUGGAGGGAAUACAUCGGCGAACCAGUCGACGAGACUGUCGACGUUGGAGCUGCGCUGGCCGCAUCCCUCCCUGUACCGGUGCGGGUUUUCACUGGAAUCUCAGCCCUGGACGCCUCAGCAGAGCCAACAUCAAGGAUCCUCAACGUCCAGAAGCUUCUUCCGCCCCUGACACGCAAAGAAAUCGGCAUGAUCCGCUGCAUUGGUCUCAACUACCGCAAGCACGCCAAAGAGAUGGACCUCGAACUUCCAGAACAUCCAACUCUCUUCUUCAAACCCGCAAGCUGCCUCAACGCGUCAAACGCGCCACUCCUCAUCCCUCAUCAAGCAACAGACCUUCAAGCGGACUACGAAGCUGAGCUAGCUGUCAUCAUCGGCCGUGACGCGAGGAAUGUCAGCGUGGAGGAUGCCAUGGACUACGUGCUCGGUUACACGUGCUCCAACGACGUCACGGCGCGAAAGCACCAAUUCGCCGGCGCUCAAUGGGGUUUCGGAAAGGGAUUCGACGGCUUUGCUCCGAUGGGUCCGUGUAUCGUCAGCGCGAGCGGCCUCCCAGACCCUUCAGUCAUUGAGCUGAAGACGGUCCUCAACGGCGAGGUGAUGCAAGAGGGUAGAGGGGACGACAUGAUCUUUCCCAUUGCCGAGAUCGUGGCGUAUUUGUCUCAAGGCACGACACUGGAGGCCGGGACUGUGAUCAUGACGGGGACUCCUCACGGGAUCGGUGUGAGUAGAACUCCGCCUGUUUUCUUGGCUCCUGGGGAUGACCUUCGCAUCGUGAUGAGCCACGGCCUAGGCAGUUUGGUUAAUAAGGUGGAAUACGAGGAGAAACCCCAGAAGGAAAUGAAUGGGUCAAAUGGAAUUAAAGUGGUGAACGGUGUGAAUGGAGUGAAAGAAGUCAAGGUCAAUGGACUCCAUUAA